GACAGCACCUAAAGGCAACAUUAGUAGCUACUUGCGCAUCUGUAGCGUUAGCGCUUGUACAGCUAGCUUUAUCACACUAAUUUGUCACAGUUGUGGUUAUAAAAGGAAACUAAUAUUAAUUGAGUAUGAACGAACGACUUGAACCAAGCUAGCAGUGCGCUUAAUAUAUUCCUUUUGAAACGAUAAUAACGUAUCCAGGUAACGUAAGCUAAUUUAGCUAAUAGCAGUUAGCACUGGUUAUCUGACCUGAACAUUGUUUUCGGAAGACCAGUUCCCUUUAAUUGAACAAAACUGAACUGUAUAAGCACCUGUUUUUUGCUAAAACUAACCAGCCUACUAGGUGGCUUGCUACUUUGUAUCUGAAGAUGGACAAGUUUGUAGUGCGGCUUCCAAAGGGGGAAACACCUAAAAAAUUGAAAAGCAACGAAAGAAUUUACAAACAAACUACAAUUGAAUCGUUACGGAGGGUGGUUGUAAUUGAGGAUAUCAUGCGCUACAAGUCCAUGUUGGAUCUGCCAGAACAGAGCAAGGACAAUCUGCUGACUGCCCUGACAGAGCUGAGCAAGAAGAUCCCUUCCAAGGAGGUGCUCAAGUCCACUAAAAUAGGUCAUGCUGUCAACAAAAUGCGCAAGCAUCCGGACCCUGAGGUGAGUUCAAUGGCAGCAAAGGUUUACACGGAAUGGAGGACAUUCAUCGAGGAGAAUUCCAAUAAGCCAUCUCUUGAAGUGCGCUCUGACAAACAAUCUGAAGGACUCCGGAGCAACGCUAGAAGACUUAUGUCUGAGGCCCUGGAGGUCAAGGAGGAUUCUGGUCUUAUAGACAACAUUGAGAGAGAGGUGUUUCACCAGAGCUCCCGGUUAGUCAGCACGUCAUACAGACGGACUGUUAGAGCUCUGGUGUUUGCCUUCAGACACAACCCUGAGAUCAGAACUCAAGUGAAGGCCAGCACUGUGUCAGUCAACAAGCUGGUUUCUAUGUACAAGAAAUAGCUGGUAUUGAAGCCCUCUGGUGGUUUCACUUAAAAAUUGUCAAAGGUUUUUUAUGCAUACACAUUUUAUGUUUUUAAUAAUUUUUCUUUAUUUUCUGUGAAGGAGAUAUAAAAUACUUUUACACUGUGGCACAUCAGCAGCCUUACACUGUUUUAUAAAUACAUGUAAAUCACAGUCAAGAAUAUGUUAUAUUUAUUGUUGAUGGUUAUGACAAAGCCAUACCUUUUGUGCUGGACUCUGAAGUUUUUUUUGUUUAUCAUCUGUUUUUAUACUGUUGGUGAACAUUUUCAUACAAAAUAUGAUUGAAAAUAUGA